UGUGGCCACCGGCAGCGUCGACAGAGUUUAACGAGGUAAUGUUUUCCUCGCAGGCAGCAGCAGUAUGGGGGAUAACAAGCCUGUGGAUCUCACUGCCGUUUUCUAGCUCUGUCAUUCCUGGACUCAUGUACUAAAGAACAUCUGUGCCGUUUUUGGAAAAUAACCACCUCAAAAAAGUGUGAUAUUGGCGAGGAAAAGACGAGCGUUUCCGUCCGCGCUGCUUUGUUUAUCUUCAUGGAGUCGUCGGACCGGAGUUUGUCUGAGAUCUCUGCGCUGUCCGUGGAUUAACUCGGGACUCGCCUCUUCUGUGGAGAGCCGUGAUAUAUCUAUCCCAACUACCAGCGUGGAUUGCGUCGCACACGGACAGUUUGGGAGCUAAUUAUUCUCACUUUAGGGGAAAUAAAGUGGAAAUUGUAUCAAGCCAAUGAAUGCGGGACCAGCGGACACUUGUUGAAACAGUUUAAAGCGUCGCUGUUUUGUCGCAGCGUUUUAGCCGAAGAGGUUAAAAACUUGAGUUGUUUUUUUUAAGCAGAGGAAGACAACAAAAGGAUACGUUGUUAAAAAUUACAGGCAUGGUCCGUUCAGCAGCUUAGCUAAAGGGGUUAGCUGCCGAUGUUCGUUCAGUUGUGUUAUGUUAGCAACAUGCUAACGUUAUCCUAACAUUCAAACAAGUAGUUUGUUCAAAUGCGCUAAUAUGAGGUUAAAUACGCAGAUAAGUUGCCGUGUUUCUUAUCAAUGUAUUCUCGAAACUAAGUGUGAAUAAUUUCCAAACAUUAAAACAGCAGCAGAGUUUUAAUUUAUUCCGUUACAAGUAAUCGGGAGAUAACUUUUAUGACAGCUUAACGUUAGCUUAGCCGCGUUAGCACGACCAGGCGAACGGAGUCAGUUUGCGGCAACUUGGUACUGCCGCUCAUGUGCGGAGAGUUUCCAGGGAUUCUGAUGGGUCUGCAGCUGCGGUCUCAGAGAGGUUUUGGAAGAUAAACAGCCGCCCGCCUCAUCUCCAGAACGGUCUUCCACUUUUCUACCCCCCGCUAAAGUUUUUAAACUGCGGCCCGCACAAUGUCCGGCUCCGCGGGCACAGGUGGCUCCAACCCCAGGAAGUUCAGCGAGAAGAUCGCGCUGCACAACCAGAAGCAAGCAGAGGAGACGCGGGCCUUUGAGCAGCUCAUGACCGACCUCACCGUAUCCAGGGUGCAGUUCCAGAAGGUACAGCAGCUCCGUCUGUCCCAGUCCCGGGUGCAGUACUAUGGUGGCUCUCUGCCCAACGUCAAUCAGAUCGGCAACACCAACACAGAUUUUCAGGGUGGCUUCCCCUCAGGGCUGGACUCGGUCCGGGGGACCCGCCACCACGGGCUGGUGGAGCGGGUCCACAGGGACCGCAACCGCAUCAACUCUCCUCACCGCCGACCCAUCGACAAGCACGGCCGGCAGAUGGAGAGCUCACCAUAUGCAGCCGUGUACCUGUCGCCGCCGCCAGACAACAGCUGGAGAAGGGAACAGCAGCCAUGGACUGAGGAAAAACGGCCGGGGUUUAGAUUAAUAUCACAGCUCAACAGAACCAACUCGGACUCUGCUCUGCAUACGAGCGCUAUGAACCCAAACCCUCAGGACCCCUUCGGCAUGAACCAGCAGAUGGGCCGAGGUCCUCCGCAGCGCAAUGGCUGGCAUGCAGCUAGUGUCAACGAGGCCGACGUAGACGGCAGCGGAGAUGUUUUUUCCUUUCCUGCUCUGCCGAACGAGGAGAAUCUGAUGGGCGUUGGGAAACCUCUUCCCAAGCAGCUGUGGGAGGCCAAGAAGGUCCAGUCUCUGGCAUCAAGACCCAAAUCAUGUGAAGUGCCUGGAAUCAAUAUAUUUCCGUCUCCGGAGCAGAACCCGGGUCUGUCCCACUACCAGGGCUCGCUGAGUACCGGUGGCUCUCUGCCGGACCUCAGCAACCUGCAGUUCCCCUCGCCGCUGUCCACCCCGCUGGACCCUGAAGACGGCAGUGGCUACCCCAACCUGAGCGGAGGCAGCAGCACCGGAAACCUGCCGGCCGCCAUGAUGCACCUCGGCAUUGGGAACUCACAUGCAGGUCUGUCCUCCUCGUUGAGUAACCCGUCCAUCCAGGCGUCCCUCAACAACUGCCAGCUGCAGUCGUCGCUCAGCAACCCGUCCAUCAACUCGUCCGUGCGUCUGCCCAGCAGCUCGCCCCGCCGGCGGCCGGCUCCCAUCAGCCCCCUCACCCUGUCUCCUGGAGCCGAGCAGCGCAGGGGUCUGUCCAAGCAGCUGUCUCCCACCAUGUCCCCCUCGUUGUCCCCCAUCACACAGGGCGUCGCCUUGGAUACCAGCAACAUGCCGAGGGAACCGCCUCCGCCGUACCCAAUGUACCAGCAGCCACAGCAUGCAGUGGAUCACGGCCGACCGCACCAGCAGCACCAACAGCAGCCAGCGCAGCAUCAGCAGCACCAUCAACAGCAACAGCCUGUCUCACCUCUUCAGAACAUCCCUCUGGACUUCAACACAAGCCAGGCAAACAGCAUGGCGUCGCUCUUCAGCGACCCGUUUGUGGAGCAGCAGUUCUCGACCCGGCAGAACAAGACGCUGCCCUAUCAGUUGGACCAGUUCAGCCUGCUGGAAAACGCUCUGAGCUCCUCAGCAGGGGGGUCCUGCUACGACCCGUCCUCCUCCUCCUCGCUCUACUACUCGCAGGCGGCGCUGUCCGGUCUGGGGGGUAGCCAUGGCAACCUGCAGGACCCCUCCCACAUGAGGACCAACAUGCUGUACGCGAACUGCAGUGGAGGGCUGCCCAACAUCAUUCUCACAGAUGACUCCAACCCGAGUCUGUCCAAGGACAUCAGCAACGCCCUCUCCACCGUUCCCGAAUGCUUCGACUCGGAGGGAGGCUUCCCGCUGGAGGACGAGCUGCGCAUCGAGCCGCUCAGCCUGGAUGGACUGAGCAUGCUCAGCGACCCCGACAUGGUGCUGCCCGACCCGUCUGUGGAGGACACGUUCCGCAGCGACAGACUCUGAGCGCAGAGUGCCGCCGCAGCCAGCACCGCCGCGUUGGAAAUGUGAGCAAACAGUUCACUCUGCUGCAGGUCUGUCAUCUUGUUUCAAACCAUCCAGUUUUAAAAUCUGAUCUGGGUUCUGGUUCAGCCCCCAUCCCCUCCUCACACCAAAAAAAAAAAGAAUAAAACGAGAUCCAGGAGCGCCGGAGUCCCUCCUGCGUUUUUUUAUUUUUUCCUCAGCGCCAGAUACCCUGAAGCCAUGGAAACACCAUAACCAUGGUUACACACCAUAGCAACCCCAUCACCGUGCAGAAGAGCAGCAAAAAUCCAACACAUAAUUUACGUUUUCUGUUGCGGCUCUAAUAAAAAAAAGGAGCUGGAUUCCAGGCGGCGCCGGCAGCUGGAGCGGAGAACCCGGUUCUGGUGGAAAUGAAGAAGGAAAAUAAAGAAAAAAAAAAGGAGGGAUUAAACUUUUUCAAAUGUUUCUUUACAUGCGGUGUCAGAAUGUUUUGAAAUGUAUGCUUACAAGAAAAAAGAGCCAAUUAGAGCGUAUUUUCAAAUGAGACAAAAAGGGCAAACUGUUUACAAAUAUGAGACUGUAUAAAAAUGGCAGAUAUUUUGAAUUGAUCGCAUCGAGUACAAGCUCUAUUUUUCUCGCAUUUUGGACGAACAUUCGGGUUCCUUCCUGCGUCAUUUUUUUACCUUUCUGUUGCAGAUUUUCUUGCCCUGCGUAUGAUUUUUGUUUUACAUUUUGUACCGACUUGUAAAUUUGCUUGUACUGUACCUAAUUGUGAAUAAGGGCAUGCGCUAUUAUGGAUCCACUUUUCUGUUUUUGUUACUGAAGUUAAAGGAACCCCCACCGCCGGAGCAGACUGACCGUGUGAACAUCGGACACCAUGUAGAAAUGCACUUAAACUCUUUUUUUUUUUUUUUUUUUGCACUAAUUGGUUCACAUUGUGUAGAUUUUUUUUACACCGUUUUUAGCUGAUUAACCCAAAGAAGAAGAACGAAGCCAUCAGUCAGAGACUUUAAUCGACGGCACACCAUGUUUGGUUCAUAUUUGAUGUGAAAAAAAUCUGAUUUUCUGUUUGUGCUCCUGUGAUUUCUCCCUAUAGCUCAUUUCUGCAGUGGGUUAUGUAACAGCUCAGUCAUGGCGGGGAUUGAGCGCCCCCUUGUGUCACUUUUGAAGAAGAGCCUUCGAUGUUUGCUCAUUUGUUGUUUCCUAUGCAACCUUUUUCCACGUGAAACCUGUUGAACAGGUGCCGCUUUAUGCAGUGCAACAUGGCUCUCUGGUUCUUUGUCUUUUGUUAAACCUACACAAUGUGAGGGAUCAAAUUAUUUUUAUCCUAAAAAAACUACAAAUACUGCAUGUGUCCCCUGGCUAUGCUGGUGUUGCUCUGAGAAGAGGUUUGUGUUUGUUUCCAGUCAAACUGCGGCUCCUUCUUGUGCAUGUCGAUACUCUAGGCUUUUAUUUUGAAGGGUUUCUCUAUUUUCAGAAGUACUUUGUGGUGUGAAGUGGCUGUUUUCUAAGGGUUUCCUGCUGUCUGCUCGUCCGCCUUCUGUUGCCUUACUGACUCUUUCCUUAUUCCAGCAGCUGAUAAUCACGUCUCUUCAGCUUCAGCUCACUUCUAGCUGCCUGUGGUUGUUUUCUGUCUCAACAUCCAGUUUGGUUUUGUCUUUCUUUUUUUUUCUAGGUGCAUAUAAAAUGUACAGUUCUGUUAUUUAAAGAAUGUUUAUGCCCUUUAGUGUUAUUUUUUUAAAGUCAUUUGCGUUUUCCCUCAAAAUAUAAAAGUUUAUUGGUUUAUAACAUGUUAUAGUGCUUAUCUUUCCAAAUUAAUAUAAUCAAUAAAAACAACUUUACCGUGUAUAAAGUCUA